AUGGCAGAGACAGACAAAGCGGGAACUACUCCAAAGAAGGCGCCAGCGGGCACGAUCAACCCAGAAUCUCCGACUACUGCGCGUCCGCUGGAUUUCGACGACGAACCACAAGAGACGGGGUUGGCAUCCAUCAACAGUCGGUCGUCCUCGCAGCUUAAUCUCGCGAGCCAGGCAGCAGGAAUGCAGUCCCAGCGGCCUCCCAACCCGCAUCAGAGGAUAAUAGACGACCUUAAAGAGGCUUUUCCAAACAUAGAUGGGCCCGUUAUAAAGGCGGUUGUGGUUGCGAGUGAUGGAAACGUUGAGAAGGCUUUUAAUGCAUUGCUUGGAAUGUCGGACCCUGACGCACAGGAGGAUGUUCGUCCGCCGAUGCCACCUCGACCAGCAGUAGGCGGGGUACCAACUUCCACGACGCAAAGCCAGCUUGAAGACGAUGAGAGAUAUGCACGCCAGCUAGCCGAACACUAUAGUGGUGCUGACCAGAGACGGGGGUACCAGCAGUCUCCGUGGGAUCAUGGGAUGGCAUCGGGACAGAGGGGGCAAGGUCUGAAGCCGAAUGAGCUAUAUGAUCGAGAGCAUAGUUUUAUUGAUGACGACCUUCCGAUAAUCAAGGAGAAUAUUCGCAAGGGUUUCCUGGAGACACAGUCCAGGGUGAACACCUGGGUGGAGAACUUUAAGCGGAGGCUUGACGGAGAGGAUUCAGACGAGGACGUGCAGCAUGGUCAACGGCAAUACGGACAGAGACAACAUGUCAACGCCUACAACGAUCAGGGCUAUCCUAACAGACGGAGUGCAGAGCACAGACGGAGUGUGGAUCGUGAGAGAUACGACGCAGACCCCCACGUACUUGGAGACGACUUCUCUUCGCUCGAGCUACGAGACAAUGAAGCCCCCCCACCGCGUCCUCCUCGCCCUCAGGCGAACCCAGAUCUAUUCAAGGCCAAGAGCGCGUCUCCAGACCGCCGCAAGGUUUCAUUCCAAGAGGGCCCGCCAGAGGAGAUCCAGGACUCCUACUCUGCUCCUAACCCCCGGGCCACCUCUGUGAACAAGCCAAGCAAGUGGCAGCCCCUUUCGAGUGUCGAGCCAUCACCCGUGGCCGACAACGACCCCUUCAGCCUGGGGGACAGUGACGAUGAGAAAGACACGAAGCCAAAGGAUGCAAAGACCGAGGAGGCCAACGGGAAGAAGGCCACGGCUGAAGCAGCGGCCGGCAAGGGUGACCAGUCCAAGGCCGCAAAGGACAGUAUAUAG